AUGUCGCUCUCCAGAUCUCAGUCCUACGGUACGACCGUCGACGAGACCGAUGUAAACCUGUCAAUGAUGACUUCUAAGCGGCUUCCUAUCGAAUUUCUCUUCCAUCGAAAAGUUUGGCGCUUUCUAUCGAAUCUAGUAAAAGAUUUGCACGAGAUUACGUUAGUUUUCCAGAGUACAAACCAAGAUCUCGGACCACCAAAAUGGCGUUUAGCUCGACGUCAUUUUGUUGCAGCGUUGGCGUUGCUUGGAUUUGCCAAUAUUUAUGCGAUGCGGGCGAAUUUAAGCGUAGCUAUUGUUGAAAUGACUACCGGAACAAAUAAACAAAUCAAUGGAACCAACGUACAUAUUGAAGGCGAAUUUCGAGAAUGGUCAACAGUAACACAAGGUGUAGUGUUGGGUUCAUUUUUCUAUGGAUAUAUUCUUACACAGAUACCUGGUGGCUUUCUUGCACAUAACUACGGUGGCAAGAAUGUGUUUCUUUGUGGAAUUUUCGGAACUGCCGUUUUUACACUGCUUACUCCGCCAUUGGCAAAAAUUGGAUACGGUGUUCUUGUAUUCGCGCGAUUUGCAGAGGGAUUGUUUGAGGGUGUUACCUAUCCGGCUAUGCAUGUGAUGUGGAGUCAUUGGGCACCAGUUCUAGAGAAGACAAAAUUGGCGACAUUUGCUUUUUCCGGAUCUUACUUUGGUACCGUCAUUUCGAUGCCUCUAUCAGCUGUCAUUGGACAAACACUCGGAUGGCCGUUCAUCUUCUACUUCUUUGGUCUCGUUGGACUUCUUUGGUGUUUAAUUUGGGCCAGACGUGUCAGCGAUUUUCCAGCAACUGAUCCACAUAUCACCACUGAAGAACUAACAUUACUACAACGUGAUGCAGUCAGCCACACUCAUUACAUCGUACCUUGGAUGGAAAUGAUCAAAAGCAAGCCGGUAUGGGCAGUAAUGGUGGCGCAUUUUUGCCAAAAUUGGGGCUUCUAUACGAUGCUCACAAAUCUGCCACGUAUACUCAAAGAACUUGUCAAUUAUGAGUUACAGAAGGCCGGUUUUGUUUCUGGAUUACCGUAUCUGAUGAUGGGCUGCACGUUAGUGUGGGGAGGGCAAUUAGCCGACUACCUUCGAAAAGAACGUAACAUCGACACGUUAACAGUAAGGCGUCGGUUCUGCGUAGCAGGAUUCGCCGGUCAAGCACUUUUCCUGGCACUGGCUUCCGUUACAUCAUCGCCACCAUUCCUAGUUGCAUAUCUGUCAAUUUCCAUAGGAUUGGGAGGAAUUUGUUGGGCAGGAUUUUCUGUGAAUCAUCUGGAUCUUGCUCCACAAUUUGCUGGACAUUUGAUGGGAAUAUCGAACACAUUGGCAACGUUACCUGGCAUGUUAUGUCCACUUAUUGUUGGAUACAUUGUUUCAUCAGGAACUGUUGCGGAAUGGAACGUGAUUUUCUACUCAACAGCUGUAAUCUAUGCCAUAGGGGGAGCUAUUUUCUGGAAAUUCGCAUCCGGCGAACUUCAACCAUGGGCAGGCGAACAAACAACUUUCAUCGGCGAACUCCACUGA